UAUAAUUUAAAAAAAGUGAAUGUUUAUCACCAACUUUGUAUAUCUCUGGGUGCCGACAUAUUUGUGUAACGUCAUGCACCUGCAUCUCAGAAAAAACAAACAAAUCCGUUAAGAUAGACAAUGGACAAAGUGGUGCCAAAAGGAAGAACAUUACAUGGUUCGAGAUCAUGGAUAUAGUCCUGCUGUUAGUCGAGAGACCACUCGGGACAACAUGGCAGUUAAAGUUGAUCUGAUGGAUGUAAAAGAGGAAAAUCAAGAAAUGAAUGAAGUGAAGGAGGAAAAACACAAUCCUGAUCAUACACUUCAUUGUUUCAAAAUGGAACAAAAUAAUUUUAGUGACUCACAGACUGAAACUUUAUCACAAAAGAGAACUAAAAGAACAAGAGUAAAACACUCUUUCACCUGUCAUCUGUGUGGAAAGAGUUUCAAACAUAAAGAAAAACUUACUAAUCACAUGAGAAUUCACACUGAAGAGAAGCCUUUCAAAUGCCAUCAGUGUGGGAAGAGUUUCAUACAGGCAUGCAAGCUCAAGAAACAUCUGCCUGUGCACUCUCAAGAAAAGUCAUAUAGCUGUGAUCAGUGUGGCAAGACAUUUUCUUCAGCAUCAGUCUUAAGAACACACUGGAAAAUUCAUCCAAAUGGGAAGCCUUACUUGUGUUCACUUUGUGGGAAAAGGUUUUCAUUUGUGCAGUGUUUAAAAGUCCACCAGAGAAGACAUGCCGGUGUGACAGAUCAUGUGUGCUCUGAGUGUGGGAAAGGCUUUUACAGAGCUUGUGAAUUGGAACGUCACAAAAAAAGCCAUACUGGAGAUAAACCUUACAAGUGUUCACAUUGUGGAAAGAGUUUCACUAGUUCAGGAAACCUGACAAAACAUGAGAGAGUGCAUACUGGAGAGAAGCCAUACCACUGCAAAUCAUGUGGGAAGAGUUUCAGUAGUUCAGGAAACCUGAAAAUACAUGAGCGUGUACAUACUGGAGAGAAACCAUACCACUGCACUUCAUGUGGGAAGAGAUUCAGCCAAUCAAGUAAUCUACUGACUCAUAGAAAAAAUCAUUGCCCUGGGUUGUCACCAUGAGGAAAGUUAAUCUUUAUUUGCCAUGCAAAUUGUUUGAAAUUUAGAAGAUUACAUUUAUCUCAAAAGAACAAUAACAAUUAUUCUUUCAAUAAGAAAUGAUGGGGCCAAGCACACAAAUGGUAUGUAAGGAAGGAAGACUUGCCAUUACGGAUUAUGGUUUUUAAGAAUUUGUGGUGUUAAAAACAUAAACUAUAGAAUUGCUUUCAUUACAAAUCAAUUCAUUAUAGACCUAACUAUUGACCAAUGGGUGUCGCUGUCCCCAAAUUUACAUGGUGCAGUCAGGUUGCGGUGACAAUGACACAAAGUUUCGUGUCAAUUUGCCAAAGCGUUGCUGAGGUAAAGCCUUCGGUCUUGCCAUCUCGCCAAAUUUUGUAUGAAUCAGAUGGACAGCCUGGGAGGAGUUUGAAAAAGUAGGUUUCAAAUUACAUUCUAAAUGGCAAAUAGGAAAUAUUUCUGACCGUGGCAAAUUGGGAGUCAUCGUGCUUGACCUGACCCAAGGAAGCAUUUAUCAACAUUUCAUUAUAUAUUUUAACCACAAGGUGAUGCUGAACUUAAACGUUGUAUGUAUCCUCAGGGCAUGGUGCUGAUGCUGCAUACCAAGUUUUGUAACGAUAUGCCAAUGCGACUGUAAAACAUAACUUUUUGUUACAAAAUUCAAAAUGGCCUACGCCCAAUAUAGCGACAUUAAAAUUUGGAAUCAUCUGACUUUGUGUCCCCCCUCUGUAUCCUCCCACUGAAUCUAAAGAGAUCUUAUGAUUUUAGGCCAAAGUAUUUAGAUAUUAUAAGCAAAAUAGCAAUUUUUUCUUUUCUCUUGACCAGUAGGUGGUGCUCUGCCAAAACUGUGCAGGUUUUUCCAAGUUUUGUUUCUAGAUGUCAUAGAAUUGCAAAGAUACAGCCUUGUGUCCAUUUUGGCUUGCUCGCCAUUUAAUUUGUUAUAUAAGAACAGUAAAGGUCUAUCAAAAAGCUUAUGAUAGCUUUUUGCCACCAGUGACCCUUGAUGAUACAUGCCAAAUUUCAUUCAAAUAAGACAUGACCUAGGAGUUUGAAAAAGUAGGUUUUUCAGAAAAUUCAAAAUGGUGGAAAAUCUAAUAGGGGGGAAACAUUUUGUUCUAGGACUAACGGUUUAAAAGUUAUAAGCAUAAACAUAAGUUUAAUUUUGAACUCUUGGUGACGCUAGAGGAUUUUGUACCUUUUCCACAAAUUAUAAAGAAGUCAAAAUAUUGUUAAGAACUUUUGCUGUUGAUGCUGUGAAAUUCAACAUAUUUUGUAUUAAUUAUUUUCUUCUAUACAAAGUCUUCUGUUUAAUCUUUCCUUGGUCCUGACAAUCGAGUUCCACUGCAAACCUCACCGGGUCAAAUUGACCCACCUUUAUUUAUUACAACUCAACUUCCAAAUUUACCAGAGGAGGUGGUAAUCAAUGGAGCAGAGCCACAGAAUGUAUGAAUGCAUAUGUGUGUAUGAGAAAGAGUAAACACACAAUAAACACAUAUAACGCGCACACACACACACUUAUUUGUAAUAGAGAUGGGCAUUUUAUAAAUUUUGUCUACUCGAGUACUCAAGGGGCAAUGACACGUACAUAACUAUAUGUAUUAACAAAUAUCUUUGGCUGCUGCAUUGUGUCUUGUUG